CAGUUUGUCAUGUGAUGAAGAAAUAUUAACAUCACUGUCCCCUGCAGUAUGAAAACAACAAUUUACCACCGGAACGUCUUCUGUCUUCAUGUAGAAAUAAUGUUGUUGUUUUAGUACUGACCUCUUGAAGUAAGAUUUUAUGUUAGCUAUCUAUUUUUUGGCUGUCACUGCAGAGGAUGGCUGUAUCUCACAGUGGCCAGUCCUCACUUGUACAGAGCUUGGCCAAACUCCUCCGAAAUGAUGGUGACUUGGUGCUGGACGGCAGCAGCACACUGACCUUGCCGGUGGCCAGCUUGCACCAGCUCACCAGGCUGUUUGAGCAGUACUUGCUGUCCAGGAGCCACCAGCAUGGGUUCCUUGCGCUGCCCUCCCACCCUGCAGACACUGCUUCCCUGCUGCAGCUGCAGUUCCUGUUUGACGUUCUGCAGAAGACCAUCUCCCUCAAGCUCAUCAACCCACCAGGGGUCAGACUUGAGUCUGUGGUGAAAAUCUUCCCAUUCAAGUCUUUGAAGUGUUUGGAGCUGAAACGAGUCCCUCCACACUGUCUAGAGGGACUUAGAGGAGUUUAUUCUCAGUUGGAGGUCUUUACCUGUUCAAAGAGCCUCAACUCCCUGGAGGAGCUGCUUUCCCUGUGUGGAGGUGACCUGAGCUCUGCACUGCCUUGGCUGGAACUGCACACGCUCAACUUUAGCUUCAACUCCAUUGUCUGCCUUGACCAGUCACUAACUUUACUGAACGUCCUAAAGUCUUUAGAUUUAAGCCAUAACAAGAUUCAGGAGUGUGCUGAAUUUCUAAAGCCCUUGACUGAACUGGAACACUUGAACCUGGGCUACAACUGCCUGCAGAGGGCGCCAACGCUGGGCCUGAGUGCCAGGGCCAAACUCCUCACACUCAACCUCAGGAAUAAUGAACUGGAGACUAUAAACGGUGUUGAGCAGUUGUCUUCACUCGAGCACUUAGACCUGGCCUACAACCUCCUGUUGGAGCACUCCCAGCUGGCUCCUCUCUCCCUGCUGCACUGCCUCAACACACUGAACCUGGAGGGCAACCCGCUGUACUUCCAGAAGACCCACCGCAACUGCACCGUCCGACAUCUCUCCCCAAAGGCUGCAAACCUUAGACUCAAACUUGAUGGUACCCCGCUGUCCUCAUCUGAGUUAUCAGUUCUGCCAAAAGCAGGCCAGCUGGUUGUCCAGGUACAGACUUCACCUCCAGUUGCCAUGCCACCAGAACGCAGUAACCAGGAAGUGUCCAGUGGUGCAGGGGAGCUUAGUGACAGCCUGUCAGUUGGAGAAGUGGGAGUCUCACACAUUCGGAGGAAGAAAUCCAGGAGUAAGGUGAAAGUGCGGAGGGCCAGCAUAUCCGAGCCCAGUGAUACAGAUUACGAGCCCAGACUGUUUUCCUCCACAAAGGGCAUUGUCCUUCCCCACCAGCAGGAGAUUGAGCGCAUGUCCAGCUUCAGAGAUCAGCUGGGUGAGGAUUGGCUGAGGUACCAACAUCAUCUAGAUGGAGAUUCCCCCUCUACCAUCACCACUGCUGUCGAUACCAACCAGCCAACUCCUCACCGUCAACCCCUCCCCAAUGGCCUCAGCACCAACCCAUGUCCAUCCGCCAGCACUGGGCAUCAGCCAUCUCCACCAUCCCUGGAAGUCCCAGAGGUCCUCCCCCCACCGCUGCUCUCAUCGGAGCCCAGGAUGGAGACAUCAGACGCACAUGCAGACCAGGAAACAGAGUCUACCCUACAGUGGCCCGGUCAUAACUCUUGGCAGACAGAGUCUACCUUGGAGAACAGCAUGGUGGACGGCCCGGUGGUGAGCCAGGGAGUAGUGAGCUCAUCUGGGCCUAGUCCAGAGUUCCAAAGAUCGGCUAGAGGGGAGAGCGGAGACACCAAGGAGGAAGAAGAGGAGGAUCUGGGAGUGGACCUGUGUCACCCCCUACUUGUGGGUGUCUUAUCUGACAAAGAGGAAGAAGAUGGAGCGGACCAGGGGGAGAGGAGUAGGUGGAGGAGGAGGGAGGUGUUCCUGCGCAUCAAACAGAGCCUGAUGCUGGAGGUAGACAUGCAGCGCGGCCAGGAGAGAUGCCGUCUGGAGCUAGGCAGCCUGGCUCGGGUGGAGACCACAGAGGCUUGCUGGACCCUAGGGGAGACAGAAGAGAUGUUUCCAGCUGUGGAGCUUCAGUUUGACUACAUCAGCAGGGAGAAAAGGUGGAGACGCUACGUCCUGCUUGAUGAUGACCCACAGCAAGCAUUGCAGGCUCUGACUGACGUGCUGUCACAUGUGGCAGAGGAAAACCAGCGGCGUGACUCUGAGCUCCGCCCCAGCUGUGUUCGCCUGCAAUGCCUUCGCUGCAGGUCAGAGAUCACACUUCAGGGAGAGGGCAGUGAGGAGGAGGCUGGGGGGAGAGCGAGGAGGAGAGAGGCUGCAAUGCUACCAGAAGGUGUGGAAGAACAGGACGGGGAGGAGCUGACAGAGGCACAGUGUGAUGACAGCAAAGGCAACAGUAAUAUUUGUCCAGAAUGUGGUAGCGAUCACGUAGUCCAGCUGGCUGGCCAAUCAACUCCCUACAGCAGUACGCCCAUCCAUUGCUCAUCAAGGCCGGACAGUGAGGACGAUCAUCUUGAUAUAACCCAGAGCACUAGGAGUGUCAAUAAGCAGGAUGAUUACACAGAUGCCAGUAUUAGCAGUAGUCCUAUCUUUGAAGCUGCCACCACUACAGAAGAUCCCACCUUCAUCACUGCCCAGGGAAGCUCCUUCUUCAUCGGGGAUGGUCAGGGUGAUACCUCCAGCCUCUCCUACAGCACAGAGUGCCAAAGUAAAGAGGAUCUGGCUGGGAGCUACCACUACACUUCUACAGGUGCUACACCACCUGAAGUCCAAGCCCAACCUGCAGGAAGAUCCACCCCAAAUGAUGAUUUGGACCUACUGUCUGAGGACUAUGACGCGGUGGACCAUCGGCUUCAGCUUUUCUUGGAUGUGGAGGUCUUCGAGGAGGAAGAGGAGCUUCACUCUUUCCUUAAGAUAUCUGCUGUCAAAUUUGGGGAGCCAGGGGAGGUUCCCUCUCUGUUGGUGGUGUCAAACCAGCGAAUCUAUUUUUUGGAAAUGACAUCAGAAACCAACAGAGGCCAGCUCUCUAAUUGGCUGCAGAAGCGGGACAGCCAGCCACUCAUGGAGCUCAGCUACCUGGAGGUGGGGCUAGGCUCUCAGAGCAUCCACAUGGAGUUUGGAGACAGGGGCGUGGCCUACACUCUCCUCGUGAGGGACAGUUUACGCUGCAAACGCUUCUUUGGCCUCUUGACAGGAAUUGUGCGUGAGAUGGCUCACAAAUCAGAAAGCAAGCUGAAGUCCAUCUCUACCACAAGACUCAACCCUCAGCACCAUCUCUGGGCUCUAGUGUGUGAAGACAUCCAAGCAGAUGUGGAGGAUGGCCAGCUGCAGUUUUUCUACAUUCUGGCUUUUGUACUGCAAGAGGAUAUUUGGACGCCGUUGACAGUCCUGGCAACCCGGGAAACCCUGUACCUGCUCAAAGAGGAUCACCAGUGGAAUAAAAGCUCCAGCCUGACCAUGAAUGAAAACAAAGAGCCGAGCAGCGGGAGCGUCACCAUUUUAGAAAUGCUGCCAAUCAGCUGCGUGAGCUCAGUCCACCUGUGGCCUUCAGAUCAGUGCAGGAUGGAUAUCAAGCUUUAUGAUGAGACUGUGAAACAGGAGAAGACGUGGUGUGUGCGCUCAGAGAGCACUGAGCUCCUCCAGGGUCUGCUGGCCUGGGUCAGAGCACAGUGGGAGGCUAUGUUCGGGGUAAAACUGCACACAAGCCUGCAAGACAAUGCAGCAUAAUGGGGGAGGGCAUGGAAUAGGACAGAAGUUACAGACUGUGUGUGUGUGUGUGUGUGUGUGUGUGUGUGUGUGCGCACGCUCGCUCCUGUGAGCAUGAAUCUGCGUGUUGGUACUGGGAAAUGUUUAGUGAGCGUGAGCAAGUUUGUCUUUAUUUUCUCUCUACACAGUCUGCACUUAGUCAUGUCCCAUUAUGCUUGUUGCUUUCAUCGUCUGUUAAGCCAAGAACUUGGAAAUGCUUGCACUCAUUCAUGUGGUACACAAGCCUGUAAAAGCACUGGUUGCAUCAUUUUUCCCUCCAGAUACCAUCCCACCGAACUUUUCUACAGCUGAAAUGGAGUGUGCCAUGUUUCUUUUUCAGCGGCCAUGUUUUCCUGUUGAAAUGCAUCUCAUAGUGUUCUUCAAUCACUGUAACGUCAACCUAAUAUGGAGCAGAUUUGGGUUUCAGGAAGUAAGAGAGCCUUAAGUUGGAAAGAAGAGGGGUAUGCAAGGAGCUGAGCCUAAAAUAUGUCCAUCCCCCCCUCAAUAAUCUGGACAGAGUCCUUCCUCACUGCCUGAGGGUGCAGUGAGUUGUGACAUCACACGCUCAACACGAGGCUGAAGGUGCUUCUGAAAGGCCAUGGCUCAAGACACUGUCAUCGAGGGUCAUCUCACAUCUUUUCCCCCCAAUUAGGGUCUUAUCAUGUGUCUCUGUUGUUGAGAAGUUCACAGAAAUUCUGCAGAUUUGCUCUCCUGGCGUCCUUUUCCGCUCGCAAAACAGUGCAAACAGUAGAAGUUCUUUUCUUUAAAACUUUGGAACAGGUGUUUUAUUUGUAACCUGGGUGUAUUUUUGUUUAUUUUCCUUUUUAUUUUUGACUGCAUGGAGAAAACGCCUGUGAGGCACUGUCAUCAUUCAAUAAGUGCAAUGGACUGACAUUACUGAGUAGCUCAACUAAAUCCUUGUUUAUUUAGUUUAUAUAUGUGGGUUUAAAAUGUAAUCCAUGAACUUCAGCAGCUGUACAUACUGUCAUCAUGCACAGAUGCAGUAAAUAUCAAAAUGAACUCAGAGCAAUGUUAAUUUAGAUUAACCAGUAUAACGUAAUUUAUCUCUUUGUUAGCAUUUUAUUCCAUUAUGGGUUAAUGCAUAAAAGUCAUUUAUUUUUAUAUAAAUACUGAAAGGAAACAUUUGAUGUACGAUGUGUAUAAAUGAAUAUAAAAGUAAUGUGUUCAUUCGA